AUGCACGCCACCGGCCACACGGACCGCUCGGGCGGCGGCGGCGGCGGCGGCUCCUGGCGCCUCCCGCCCGACGAAACGCUGCAGGUCGCCGAUCCGAAAUCCGCGAAAGAAGAGGAUCUUUACCCGGGAGAUGGGCACAACUGGAGAAGCAUUGUAUUUUCGUUGAUGGUCAUCAGCUUUGUGAUCGCUGGUAUCGUCACUGCCAUUUAUUUACUAGGAUAUGUGGACGAGUUGCUCUACUGGUCAGGUCGUCGUAUGCGACUCGACGAGUUCCUCAGAGGCGACUUGACUGGCGAGCGACUGCCGACUACGUGGGUCAGCUCUCACCAACUGGUGUACCAGGCGGACGACGGAGGUCUGCUGGCGCUCGAUACCUUCAACAACUCCCUUACGGUGCUCGUCACCAAUCACACUCUCAGGCAGCUCAAUGUACGCGGUUAUCAGUGUUCCCCAAACCUACAAUACGUGCUAUUUCAGCACAACAUCAAGGAGGUUUAUCGGCGAACCUUCACGGCACACUAUACAGUUUAUGACGUCACAAAUGACCACCACAUCCACUUAUUUGGUGAAGGUCAAAGCAGCUGGGAAUGGCAACACGCGGCGUGGCUCGGUACGGAGGGUGCACUCCUGCUCGUUGCAGACAAUGAAGUCCUUGCCAGGCCAGCUCCUCCAGCAAGAAGAGCACCACUACUUAGGCUCACAACAGACGCCGUUCCAGGUCGAGUGUACAAUGGAGUGUCGGAUUGGUUGUACCAAGAGGAGGUGACGAAAACAUCGUCGGCGACUUGGGGAUCGAUAGACGGCGCGUUCGUGCUGUAUGUCCAAUACGACGACAGCAAGGUGUCGGAGCUGAAAUUCCCUCACAUAUCCGAAGGAAUAGGUGGUUCGGGGGCUUCCAGAUCAGGCUUUCUACUCCCGACCCUCAACAACAGUAUCCCAUCAGUCUUCCCUGAUCAAAUCACAGUGAGAUACCCUACGCCUGGCAGUUCAAUACCUCAAGUGACUUUAUGGAUAGUAGCGGUUCAAAAUGUUUCUUCCCCUCCACGGUGGGAAGUAAAACCUCCUAGUACUUUAGAUGGAAUUGAAUAUUAUCUCAUAUCAGCCCAGUGGGUGGGCAAAGACAAUUCUCACAUAGGAGUAGUGUGGAUGAAUCGAGCUCAAAAUUAUACCGUUUACAGCAGUUGUUAUGCACCAAACUGGACGUGCACAGAGACGCAUUCCGAAAAAGCUACUGAUGAACCUUGGUUAGAAGUACACCAAGAGCCAGUUUAUUCGGAAGAUGGCAGUGCAUUUCUCCUUUUAGCGGCAGUUCAAGAAGGCGGUGGUCAAUACUAUACACACAUAAAACACGUUGAUGUGUUGCGCCAGCGCAUAGCUGUUUUAUCACAUGGUAAAGUGGAAGUCACCAAAAUCCUAGCUUGGGAUCAGGAAAAUCACUUAGUUUAUUAUUUAGGUAGUGCAGAUAGACCGGGUCAAAGACAAGUGUACGUAGUCCGAGAUCCGAGCUACGGGGGAGGAAGUAACUCCGUGAGGGCUCGUGCUGAACGUGAGGAGCCACGUUGCCUAACAUGCGAGCCUGCAGUAUGGCCUGCUCGUUUACAUUAUGCAAACUGCACCUUCUGGAGUGCUACGUUCUCACCCGCUAAGCCGAAGCUAGGAAUAACACACUAUGUUCUUGAAUGUAUGGGUCCUGGUCCACCGCUUGCUGGACUUCAUGACGCUAGAACACAUAAGUUAGAAAGAAUAUUAUACGAUACGAGGCCUUAUAGAUCAGUACGAUUACGUGAAUUAGCAUUGCCUACAAGAAGAUCAUUUGAUGUGCAAUUGAGCAGUGGGUCGAAAGCACGUGUUCAAUUAUUUUUGCCACCUUCGUGGCGCGAGGAACUUCGUGAUGCUGCCUUUCCAGUACUCGUUCAUGUAGAUGGGCGACCUGGAAGCCAGCAAGUAACUGAUCAGUUUCUCGUAGAUUGGGGAACGUAUAUGUCCUCACGUAACGACGUAGUUUAUGUAAAAUUAGACGUGGCAGGAGCACGAGGUCUUCCUCGGGCGCUGCUGCGCGGUCGCCUCGGUGGAGUUGAGGUGGCUGACCAGUUGGCUGUUAUUAGAUAUUUAUUAGAAACCUUCAAAUUUUUGGAUGUAACGCGUGUAGCAGUUUGGGGUUGGGGUUACGGUGGCUACGUGACAUCGAUGCUUUUGGGCUCCCAACAAUCCACCUUGAAGUGCGGUAUUGCUGUAUCGCCGAUUACAGACUGGUUAUAUUAUAAUGCUGCCUUCACGGAGCGCAUCCUGGGCAUGCCGUCGGUCAACUACAAGGGCUACGUGGAGGCGGACGCGUCGCAGCGCGCGCACCACGUCCCGCGCCACGCGCUGUACCUCAUCCACGGCAUGGCCGACAUGAGCGCGCCCUACCCGCACGCACUGCAACUGGCGCGCGCGCUCACCGACGCCGGCGUACUCUUCCGAUAUCAGGCAUACGCCGACGAAGGCCAUGAUUUGAAAGGCGUCAUCGAGCACGUAUACCGAUCAAUGGAAGACUAUCUCCGAGAGUGCCUCUCUCUUGAUCCAGAAGACACCAAGCUGCCUCCACCAGAUAGAUAAAAUUAAUCGUUCACGAUAAGUCUUAAUAGGUUUUGCAAAAAAACAUUCUAUCAUUUUGGAAUUAUCAUUAUUAUGUAUAGUUAUUAUCAUAUUUUGUAAAUAUGUAAAUGAGAUAGUGCUUUAAAUUGUGUUGUCAAAUAAAUUUAAAUUAGGUAUGCCUUUCUAGAAGGAUACUAAGUAUGUGAAUUAUGUGUGUGAAAUUAUAAUAGAUUCAUUACUCAUUAUGAAAACAUCUUAAAGUAAAUUAUCAAUAACGUUCAAACCAAUACUAUUGCGAUUUUACUGUGGUCGAGUAAAAUAAAACGUACCGAGUUUUAAGACGAAAAGAGUAUAAAUUGGGCUAAAAAAUAAUUAAUUUUCAUAUAUUUCUAGUACGCUCCAUCAACACCGCUUCAGCAAUGUUCGCCUUUUCUAUUGUCUAAAUAAAUCUUACCUAUUAUUAGUGUUUUAAAUCUUGAAAAGUAUCCUUUCUAGUGCUGUAACGAGAUUAAGCGCUGAAAACAUUCAAUGCAUCUUAUACUCUUCGUAAAUUCCACUCUUGUCAAUCGUACUACUAUAUUGUGAUUAUAUAAAUUCAUAGCAAUUCGAGCUUUACCCUUUAGGCUUUACUGUAACCCUUUCUACUUCCAUUGUUUUAAAAUAAUAUACUGUUACCAUAUUAA